UCUUCAUCUUCACAAAGGAGAUAUUGUCACAUUGCUUCUCAAUUGCUUGCUUGUUGACCCGUUUCCAGUUUCCGCAGAUGCCAAACGUGAGAUCGAAAUCCAAUUAGGAUGAGCUUUGGCUCUCCUAUUGGUUGCGAGGGAUUGAGUGUAAGCAUAAAAUGGUUUACGAUUAACGACAGUCUUAUGCUAAUCCUCGAAACUCUCAUUAGAAGCAGACAACAACAGUCCAGCUGUUUAGAUCAGCAGUGAAAUCCAGUCUUUUUGUUUUUUUCUUUUUUAGUUUUUUAAAGUUGAUAAACUUCGAGUAUGGAAUCCAAAGUUGCUAGCUCUUUCCUUGCGUUCUCAGGGCAACAAAUCCACUGCUGUUCCUUAACACCAAACAGCAGACUUUCGUUCCAAAUCACACAUGCUAAUUGAUGCAUUCUGCAUCUCUAUAAAAUCUUCCCAUGGUGAAUAAUUUAAGGGCAUAUAACAUUCUGCUUGAGAUGGGCCUCCGGAAAACUGGAUCCCACUCCAAUCGCCGGCGUUCUCUCGCCCCUCAGGCUGUCUUCUUCCUUCUCUUUUUAUCAGCCACACCAAUUGAGGCCAGCUGCAGCUUUCCAGCCAUUUUCAACUUUGGGGACUCAAAUUCCGACACCGGAGGUUUCUGGGCGGCAUUUCCGGCUCAGCGACUUCCAUUUGGAAUGACUUACUUCAAGAAGCCAGCCGGGCGUGCUUCAGAUGGAAGGGUCAUUGAUUUCUUAGCCCAGGCUCUUGGCUUGCCGUUUCUGAGCCCUUACCUGCAGUCCAUUGGCUCCAACUUCAGCCAUGGCGCUAAUUUUGCUACUGCGGCAUCGACGGUGCUGCUGCCCAACACCAGUCUAUUUGUAACAGGAAUAAGUCCCUUCUCUUUGGCGAUUCAGUUCAAUCAGAUGAAUGAGCUCCGGGUACGGGUCUUUGAAAUGAGCCCACAAGACAGCCUUCCUUCGAAGGACAUCUUUGAUAAAGCUUUAUACACUUUGGACAUCGGGCAGAAUGACUUCACCUCCAAUUUAGCAACAAUAGGCAUCGACGGAGACGAGAAGUUCCUCCCCCAAGUAGCCAGCCAAAUUGCAUGGACUAUUAAGGAGCUAUAUGAUAUUGGAGGAAGAACAUUCAUGGUGUUUAACCUCGCACCUAUAGGAUGCUUUCCCGCAUUCUUAACCGAACUUCCUCAUAACAAGUCAGAUUUGGAUGAGUAUGGGUGUAUGAUUUCGUACAAUAAGGCUGUUGUGGAUUAUAACAAAUUGCUGAAAGAAUCUCUGGAGCAGAUUAGAUCUCAGCUCCCGAAUGCCUCUGUGAUAUAUGUGGACACCCAUUCUGUUAAGCUUGAACUCUUUCAGCAUCCAAAAAAACAUGGACUAGCACAUGGAACUAAAGCAUGCUGUGGUUCUGGCGGUAAAGCUUAUAAUUUCAAUCCACAAGUCUUCUGUGGUAACAGCAAGAUAAUCAACGGCAUAAAUGUGACAUCAAGUGCUUGCAGGGAUCCACAAAAUUACGUCAGUUGGGAUGGAAUUCAUGCCACAGAGGCUGCAAAUAAAAUCAUAACAAAAGCCAUCCUAAAUGGCUCCUACUUCGAUCCUCCCUUCCCUUUCUCUCAACUAUGCAAUUUUAAACCAAUACAUUAAGUCAUAUAUAUGGUCUGAUUGUCAUGAUAAAUUAUGAAUGUUGCAGAUUUCAAUUAUGUGCAUGAAAGAUUUCAAUUGUGUUUGUGAAAGAAUAAUGCGUGCUGAAUGAUAGGAUGAAGUUUGAUAAACUUUGUUUUGUUAAAUAAAAUAUGAAGCCUUCAUUUCGUGGGAACGAAUUCUAUAUUUC